AGUCGCCGCCGAGGGCGCGCCGGGCCCCGGUGCCGGGGCUGCUGCUGCCGCCGCCCGCCCGCCCGUCCGCCUGCCCGUCCGCCUCUCGCGGCCGCGCUCCCCCCUCCCCCGACACACGCUCACAGGCCGGGCAUUGAUGGUAAUGUAUGCGAGGAAACAGCAGAGACUCAGUGAUGGCUGUCACGACCGGAGGGGGGACUCGCAGCCUUACCAGGCACUUAAGUAUUCAUCAAAGAGUCACCCCACUAGUGGUGAUCACAGACAUGAAAAAAUGCGAGACGCCGCAGAUCCUUCACCGCCAAAUAAAAUGUUGCGGAGAUCUGAUAGUCCUGAAAACAAAUACAGUGACAGCACAGGUCACAGUAAGGCCAAAAAUGUGCAUAUUCACAGAGUUAGAGAGAGGGAUGGUGGGACCAGUUACUCUCCACAAGAAAAUUCACACAACCACAGUGCUCUUCAUAGUUCAAAUUCACAUUCUUCUAAUCCAAGCAAUAAUCCAAGCAAAACUUCAGAUGCACCUUAUGAUGCUGCAGAUGACUGGUCUGAGCAUAUUAGCUCUUCUGGGAAAAAAUACUACUACAAUUGUCGAACAGAAGUUUCACAAUGGGAAAAGCCAAAAGAGUGGCUUGAAAGAGAACAGAGACAAAAAGAAGCAAACAAGAUGGCAGUUAAUAGCUUUCCAAAAGAUAGGGAUUACAGAAGAGAGGUGAUGCAAGCAACAGCCACUAGUGGGUUUGCCAGUGGAAUGGAAGACAAGCAUUCCAGUGAUGCCAGUAGUUUGCUCCCACAGAAUAUUUUGUCUCAAACAAGCAGACACAAUGACAGAGACUACAGACUGCCAAGAGCAGAGACUCACAGUAGUUCUACGCCAGUACAGCACCCCAUCAAACCAGUGGUUCAUCCAACUGCUACCCCAAGCACUGUUCCUUCUAGUCCAUUUACGCUACAGUCUGAUCACCAGCCAAAGAAAUCAUUUGAUGCUAAUGGAGCAUCUACUUUAUCAAAACUGCCUACACCCACAUCUUCUGUCCCUGCACAGAAAACAGAAAGAAAAGAAUCUGCAUCUGGAGACAAAACUGUAUCCCAUUCUUGCACAACUCCUUCCACAUCUUCUGCCUCUGGACUGAACCCCACAUCAGCACCCCCAACAUCUGCUUCAGCAAUCCCUGUUUCUCCUGUCCCACAGUCUCCAAUACCUCCAUUACUUCAGGACCCAAAUCUUCUUAGACAGUUGCUUCCUGCUUUGCAAGCCACGCUUCAACUUAAUAAUUCUAAUGUGGACAUAUCCAAAAUAAAUGAAGUUCUUACAGCUGCUGUGACACAAGCGUCAUUGCAGUCUAUAAUUCAUAAGUUUCUUACUGCUGGACCAUCUGCUUUCAACAUGACUUCUCUGAUAUCUCAGGCUGCUCAGCUCUCCACACAAGCUCAGCCAUCUAAUCAAUCUCCAAUGUCUUUAACGUCUGAUGCAUCGUCCCCAAGAUCAUAUGUGUCUCCAAGAAUAAGCACACCUCAAACUAACACAGUUCCUAUCAAACCUUUGAUUAGUACUCCUCCUGUUUCAUCACAGCCAAAGGUUAGUACUCCAGUAGUUAAGCAAGGACCAGUUUCACAAUCAGCAACACAGCAGCCUGUAACGGCUGAAAAGCAGCAGGGUCAUGAACCUCUCUCUCCUCGAAGUCUUCAGCGGUCAAAUAGCCAGAGAAGUCCGUCACCUGGUCCAAAUCAUACUUCCAGUAGUAAUGUAUCAAAUGCAACAGUUGUACCACAGAAUUCAUCUGCCCGACCUUCGUGUUCAUUAACACCUACGCUAGCAGCACACUUCAGUGAAAAUCUCAUAAAGCAUGUUCAAGGAUGGCCUGCAGAUCACGCAGAGAAACAGGCAUCAAGAUUGAGAGAAGAAUCCCAUAACAUGGGAAGUGUUCACAUGUCAGAAAUUUGUACUGAAUUAAAAAAUUUAAGAUCAUUAGUUCGAGUAUGUGAAAUUCAAGCAACUUUGCGAGAACAAAGGAUACUAUUUUUGAGACAACAAAUUAAGGAACUUGAAAAGCUAAAAAAUCAGAACUCCUUCAUGGUUUGAAGAUGUGAAUAAUUGCACAUGGUUUUCAGUACAGGAACUAAAAAUCUCUUGCCCAAUCUUAACAUUUUUGAGCUGCAUUUAAGUAGACUUUGGACCGUUAAGCUGGGCAAAGGAAAUGACAAGGGGACGGGGUCUGUGAGAGUCAAUUCAGGGGGAAGAUACAACAUUGAUUUGUAAAACCCUUGAAAUGUAGAUUUCUUGUAGAUGUAUUCUUCACGUUGUAAAUAUGUUUUGUAGAGUGAAGCCAUGGGAAGCCAUGUGUAACAGAGCUUAGACAUCCAAAACUAAUCAAUGCUGAGGUGGCUAAAUCCCUAGCCUUUUACAUGUAAACCUGUCUGCAAAAUUAGCUUUUUU